GCCUUUCUCGCGAGGCCAGUAGUAAGUAAACUGUCAUGGCGAACUACCGAGAGGCGCCCUUGGCUACACGGCCAAAAACAUUAGACCCAAAUGAAUAUUUUAAUCUUUCUCCGGAGUAUCGAAGGGCCGAGGAGGCCAGGGCGGCAAUACGGGCGAAUUUGAAGAGGCAGUACCAAGUGCAACUCAACAACCCGCAUAGAAAGGAGCUCAUUGAAGAUCCCGCCCUGACACGCUGGGUCUUCGCCCGUGGCAACCCCUACCCACACUUCAGGCCCACCCCCAAGACGUCACUGAUGGGUGCCAUGUUUGGGGUUUUUCCACUCUUCCUCUUCUAUUAUCUCUUCAAGACUGACCGAGAUAGGCGAGAGCAGCAAAUUAAAGAUGGAACUCUGGUACGCAAGUUCAGUAUGUCAUCGUAAACUCAGCUGUACAAAGACCAACCUGUUUCACAUUUUGGUGUAAUUAUAAACAAAAUAAAGUAUACUGUCAUAAUCAAAGGUGUGGAUUUUAU